UUGUGAGUGAGGGGUGUGUGUCUGGGGUGUAUGUGAUGGUGUGGAUGUGUGAGAGGAGCAAGAAUGUGUUUAGGGUAGGGCAUUUCCAGGUGCAAGGUGUGAGGGUGUAUAUCUGUGGUUUUGGAGGUAUGAAGAUUAAGUUAUAAGGGGAUGUUAGAGAUAGGAGGGUCAUGAGGGGAGGGUUAACUAUGCGUGUGUACCUCCAGGUUGUGCAGAGAGAACUAGGAAUGGAAAGGGAAAGAUUAGAGGGGCGUUGGUGGGAGUGUGUUGAGGUGUGAGCCUGUAUGAAUGCUGAGUGGAUCAUGACAUGCUAAAGACAGGAUGGUAUUAGUUAAAUGUACGUGCAGGUGUAGACAAUCCUGGUGGCUAGUAUGUAAAAGUGAGUGUCCUGACUCCCCUUAGAGGGCACCAGCAGACUGCUCUUGGAGGGGCUGGGUCUGGAGAAGUUAAUAGGAGAUGGGAAGGGCAUCCAUUUAACCUCUUCUUGCCUGCAGCCCACGGAGCCUGGAGUCAAAAAGAAUCAUGGGGUCUGGGGCUGAGCUGUGCACUCUCUUAGGCGGACUGUUGUUCCUCCUGCUACUGAUGUCAGGCGAGGGGGCCAAGGAUGAAUCCCUCAAAGAGAGUCAAGGGGUCUGCUCUAAGCAGACACUGGUGGUCCCGCUCCGCUACAACGAGUCCUACAGCCAACCGGUGUACAAGCCCUACCUGACCCUGUGCGCUGGAAGGCGCAUUUGCAGCACCUACAGGACCACGUACCGCGUGGCGUGGCGAGAGGUGAGGCGGGAGGUGCAGCAGACUCACGCCGUGUGCUGCCAGGGCUGGAAGAAGCGGCACCCGGGGGCGCUCACCUGCGAAGAAGCCAUCUGCGCCAAGCCUUGCCUGAACGGAGGCGUCUGCGUUCGGCCGGGCCAGUGCGAGUGCGCCCCGGGCUGGGGAGGGAAGCACUGUCACGUGGACGUGGAUGAAUGCAGGACCGGCGUCACCCUCUGCUCGCACCAUUGUCUCAACACGGCGGGGAGCUUCACAUGCGGCUGCCCCCACGGCCUGCUGCUGGGCCCAGACGGGCACACCUGUGCGGAGGGGUCCCCGGAACGCCCAACUAGUGCCAGCAUCCUCAGUGUGGCCGUUCGGGAGGCGGAACAAGAUGAGCGCGCACUGAGGCGGGAGAUUCGCGAGUUGCGAGGGCGCCUGGAGCGGCUGGAACAGUGGGCUGGUCAGGCCGGGGCCUGGGUCCGAGCUGUGCUUCCCAUGCCACCCGAAGAGCUGCAGCCAGAACAGGUGGCCGAACUGUGGGGCCGGGGCGACCGGAUCGACUCUCUCAGCGACCAGGUGCUGCUGCUGGAGGAGAGGCUGGGUGCCUGUUCCUGUGAGGACAACAGCCUGGGCCCUGGUCUCAAUCAUCGAUAAGGAGCAAACGCAGAGCCCCUGCCCCCUAAUUUAUACAGAAACUGGACCCACUAAUCCUCUGGGAUUGGCUGACUGGAAGUUGCAGAUAAGGCUAUCAGCCACCAGGGAGCAAUGAGCAAUGGACACUUCAGAGAGCUGAAGAAAGGAGGAAAGCGGCUUGGCCCACCCCUGAGUCAUCUGGCUGGGGGUAGGUUGCCUGGGCUAGGAUUCCUUCUUCAACUCCUUAAAAAAUGCAACCAGCAAGCA